AUGGCUCCAAGGGCUAAACCUGAAGGCAAAGGAAAAGCAGCGGCUAUUGCCGACAAUGCUGAUGCUAAUGCGGCUUCUGACGAAGGUAUGGAACUCGAUUCGUUCUUGGCUCGUUGUAAUGACGAAAAGAACAAGACUCUACAGAAGCUGCCUCCGGUCCUGUCCCGGAUUGUGUACCCUCAGGAAUGCAAGACUCAUCGACUUUACUAA